AUGGAGGGACGCCCUCGGCUUGCUUGGAGCCCGAGGGUCGACGAGCGAUCGGUGGAGAGGGCCGUGAUCGCCCGUCGCGUUAGCCUCGACGGUGGUCUGCAGCGCGCUGACGCCUUUCAUGCGAAGCGACUCAACGGUGGCCCUCGGAUCAUCGCCCAUGCCGCCGUGCAGGAGGAGGACGGGCCUCCAGUUGCGACUGCCCGCAGCCCGCGAUCGAGCUCAAUCGCCGAGCUCUUCCGUCUUGCCGGGAGUGGGACUGUGGGAGGCUGGGAGCAACCGCCGCCGCCGCGGCCGCAACGGGUCUUCGUCGUCAACAGCACCACGCCGCCGCAUCUCGGCGCCUGUUGGGCUGCUGCCCCUCUUGUCCGCGCGGGACCUACGUGGCCCCUUUAUCCAUAUAACCACCGGUGUGCGGAGAAGAAGGACGCGCGCGGCGUCUACUGCAUCUUCGAGGGCGGGACGCCCGACGACCGCCUGGACUGGGGCCCCGGCAUGAUCUGCAGCGACGACACGCAGUACUCGGACGGGACGGGCCACCGCGACACGGGCGAGGGCUUCGCCGCGGCGCCCGACAUCGACCACCUCAACGAGCGCGUCCAGCGGGAGCUCUCCGCCUGGCUCAACUGGCUCAAGUCCGACGACGUCGGCUUCGACGGCUGGCGCCUCGACUUCGCCAAGGGCUACUCGCCGGCCGUCGCCAAGAUGUACGUGGAGAACACCCGGCCGAGCUUCGUCGUUGCCGAGAUAUGGAACUCCCUGAGCUACAGCGGUGACGGCAAGCCGUCGCCCAACCAGGACCAGUGCCGGCAGGAGCUGAUGAACUGGGUGCAGGCUGUUGGAGGGCCCGCGAUGGCGUUCGACUUCACUACCAAGGGGCUGCUGCAGGCGGGCGUGCAGGGGGAGCUGUGGCGGCUGCGCGACAGCUCCGGCAAGGCGGCUGGCAUGAUCGGGUGGAUGCCAGAGAAAGCCGUCACCUUCGUCGACAAUCAUGACACCGGGUCCACGCAGAAGCUGUGGCCGUUCCCGUCCGACAAGGUCAUGCAGGGCUACGCCUAUAUCCUCACCCAUCCAGGAGUCCCCUGCAUCUUCUACGACCACAUGUUCGACUGGAAUCUGAAGCAGGAGAUAUCCACGCUGUCUGCCAUCCGGGCGCGGAACGGCAUCCACGCCGGGAGCAAGCUGCGGAUCCUCGUCGCGGACGCCGACGCGUACGUGGCCGUCGUCGACGAGAAGGUCAUGGUGAAGAUCGGGACAAGGUACGACGUGAGCAACAUGAUCCCGUCGGAUAUCCACCCCGCGGCACACGGCAAGGACUACUGCGUCUGGGAGAAGGGGAGCCUCGGCGUCCCGGCUGGGCGGCGGCACCUUUAG